CGAAUGCCUUCUCGAUAACUUGAACUUCGAAUACGUAGAGCAUAUCACUUGAAUUAGAAGGCAAACAAAUUCAGUAGCUUUGGAAUAGUGAUUCAAAUCUAAGUCAUUUUAUGAAAAGCUUCACAUCCAAAAUGUAUUUUUGCAACACAAUAAGAAUCAUAGUUUUCAUUUUGUUUCAACUGAAAGGUAUUUUUUCAAAGCAGGAAUUAUGUUUAGAAAACGAUAUUACAAAACAUAUAGAUAAAUGGGUCACAAGUAUAUUCUCAAUAGACAGCGAAAACGCGAUCAAAUUAAUUUCCGCGAUGAAAGACUACAAGCCUAAAGAAUUCGAAACUGAUAUCGAGAACAACGUAAACCAUUUCCAUGAUAAAUUCUUCUUCCAGAACGUUAGUUUCCAACUUGAAGAGGAAUCCGAAUACGACUCAGAUGGACCAGAAUCGCCACAAAUUCACAGGAAAUUUCCUGAAAAUGAAAUGAGCAUAUUCCUCCAAGACCUCUUGGUCAGAAUAUGGGGAACCAUUGGCACAGUAAAAAACGAGGCAUUUACCGAUUUCAACACAACCCUCUAUCUCGAAAACUACACAUUCACAGCUGUUGCAUCACGAAUGAAUGACAAGUUGGUAGUAUACAACACCACAUUUGGUGGAUACUGCCACGAGCUAAUGGACGACGAGGACGUAUAUUGGACCAAUCAAAACCUAACAGACGAGGAUAAAGAACAGCUAGCACGAGAACUGAAACCACUUUUGCCAGAGAUGUUAAGCGAAAACAUGAAAAAUAAUCCGGAAGUUGCCUUUCAUCUCGACGACAUUUUCGACACGUACGAAAAACCGAGAAAAAAAAUAAUCUCCGAGCAUCCGAAUUUCUUAACCAAUCCUCAGCAAUAUUACUACCUCAUACCGAAAAUCCCAUUUUAUUGUUUCGUUCUGAGACGCGUCGUUAUCCACGGGCUAUCGAAUUUCGAAUCGUUUAAAAAUCACGAAGAUUAUACGAUUUUCACGCACACUUUACUCGUGAGAAAUGUUCAAGGAAGGAUGACUUUGUACUACAGGACCAAAGAAGAAACUCCUUUAGAGUUGAGUUUUCAUAUAGACUGCUUGUUUGUAUCGAAAACAGAUGAUAUCGAGUGUGCUCACGCUCAAGCGAAAUAUUACUCGAUUACUCGGACAAAGACAAACGUCACGUUGAGUGCUCGUCAGUCGGAAGUGAUUAUGAAUGGAUUGGAAUCUGCAAUAGCUUCUUCGUUAUUACCAACGAUGGAAGUUGGAAAGAUUUGUGAUCUGGAAACGCCACUGGAUAAAAUUAAGAUUUCAAACGGCUCCGACUGGAAAACAAUAAAGCAAUCGUACAAAGGAUGGAUCCCAUUUAAUGAUGAUUAAGUCAUUGAAAAAAUGGCCUUCGGUGUUCCCAGAAUUAUCAUGAAGAAAUUAAUUGUCUAAUUAUCCUACCCAAUAAUACGUAUUUCCUGAAAACUUAAAACAUGCUGAAAAUGUUCUUCAUAAAAUCGAAUCAUUAUCACAACAAAAUAAAAAGCCCAAGAAUUGCAAAAAUAAUUGAGGAGGUGGAUAGCAGAACGCAAUAACUCCAAAAUUACGAAAAUUGAGUUAGAUAUCUAUCCUUAUGUAAAAUUCAACGGGGAAUCCAUUUCCGGUGUCAGAUUUUGUCCAUCAGUUGAAUAUCAUAGCGCAAUCGAGGAAAACAAGUCUGAUUUUAGAGCUAAAUGCAUUAAAAAAUGAGAUUUUGUUUGCAAAACGCAAUAACUCCACUACUUUUUAUACAUUUCAGUUGCGCAGAUGUGGUAACACUGUUUUUUUUCAUCGGGUAGAUACUGAAACUCAUUGGGUAGGAGUUACUAAAAAAAAUUGUGCUUUCGUUCCCACUCUCUGAAUGCUAUAUCACAGACAGGAAUUGUUUGGACGCAAUAACUUAUUUUUCUUAUCCUCUCUGUGCUUACCCAGGUGACCAAAAUUUUGAAA